UUUUUUUUUCAUUGUUGUACCUUAAUUUACAGAUAAACUUAAUUAAUUAAAACUCAGGUUAUAUAACUCCAAUCAUCUAAUGUUGUAUCUAUUUCCCUUUUCUCUCUUCCUCUCUUUUAUAAAUAUAUAGCUUCUUCUUUUUAUACCCUUUAAAUUUUUUUUAUUUUAUACCCUAAUUCUUAUUAAAUUUACUUUAAUUUCUUCUUAUAAAUGUCAUUAAAAGAAAAAUAUAAAAUAAAUUGUAUACAACAGGAGAAAAAUGAAGAAGCAAUCCAUAAAAAGCCUAAUGAUAUACCAAAAAGACAGAAAAUAGUGAAGGCUUGUAAAGAUUGUCGCAGACGAAAGGUUAAAUGUGAUGGAGCAACACCUUGCAGUACCUGCCAAAGGUCUUCUAUACCUUGUAUAUUUGAGUCAACUUCACCAAAAAGAGGAGCAACUAAACACUAUAUUGAAUCAUUAGAAAAUAGAAUUAACGUUAUUGAAAAGGCUCUUACUGCUAUAAGUGGUCCUACAAUGCAAUUAAUUGAAGAAACAAUACGUAGACAGCAAAUCAUAGAUGAGUCUAAUUAUGGUGGUUUAAAACAACAAGUAAUACAACACUACCCAGAAGAUAAAUUCUUAAUAAAUGAGUUAGGGUGCCCUAAUUACAUUCAAGAAAUUACGACUCAUAUGUUAGAUAAUUGUUUAGAUUCGAUACAGUCUUCUUCACCAAAGAGUACGAAUGAUAAUAAUAAUUCAACAUUAAAAGAAGAUAUUGAAAAUUAUAUUCAAUUUUAUUUAAUUCAAAUUCAACCUUAUUUUCCUUUAUUUGUACCUUCUCAUUUUACUCGUCAGUUUGCUGCUCAUGAAUUACCAAUCAUAUUAAUAUAUGCAAUCUGUGCACUGGGUUCUUAUUUUCAACAGACAGGUGAAGAUGAGCUAUUUUAUCAUAGAGCCAUGAUCAUGCUAGAUGAAGCCAUUGGAAGACCCUCUGUAGCACUUAUCCAGGCAUUAUUAUUGUUAAUUAAAUACAUGGAAUGUACAAAUAACCCUUCCUUUUUUGAUAAAACUAAAAGCCUUAUAACAAGAGUCAUUGAAUUGUGUAAAAUACUUCAAUUACAUCAAAUUGUGACUAAGGAUCCUUCAGAUCUUGAAACUGAAACUGCAAAACGAACAUUUUGCAUGGCCUUUACUUAUAGUAUCCUAUUAUGUGUGGAGCAGAACAUCGAAUCAGAUUUUAAUACCGUUUUCAUUAAAGAGUUAACGUUAUUAUUACCUACAACUGUAGCAAAUGAAUCAACUGUAGAAUGUCAACGAUAUUUUAUUUCUUUUUCAUUCACAUUAUCACAAAUCUAUCAACAUAUAAUUCGUGUUACGCAAAGACAAGAGAUACAAAAGGGUUUACGCAAUAAUUCUCAAAUAUUAGAAGAAAAAAUGGCAUUAUUGCAUUUACAAGUCAUGAUUGAAAAUGAUUUGAUGCAUUUACCACCUAAUUUGAGCUAUAAUUUAACUCAUAAUAUGAAAAAUCAGUAUCCAUUUCCAGCUGAAGAAGAGGUCACGUCGUCUGUAAAUGUAUCACCUAUGACGAGGUUACUCCACAUGCUGUACCACUUGAACGUAAUACUAUUACACUUUCAUUAUUUCAUUCAUCCACUUCUUCAAGGAUCAAACGAGAAAACAACGGAUUAUGCACACAGACAAAUGUGCGCAUCAUCUGCUUCCUAUAUGGUUCGAUUAACUGAAGGCCUUUUAUCAGAUUCAAAUCGAUCUUAUCGAUAUAUCCCUCGUGGGUUGCAAUUUGUUGCUUAUUGCAUCACUAUUGCGCUUAGUUUACUUCGAAUAGAGACAACACUUGUAAAAGAUAUGAAAUCUGGGAAAAUUUAUUUUGAUGAAUAUCAACGAUGUGCUAACCUUGCUGAACGUAUUGCAUCUAUAUCUCCUUCUCAUGAAAUGCGUGCUUCUGCAAAAACAUUAAAUGAUUUACCAGAUACAUUCAAUUUAUCUACAUUAGAUAAUACUCAUCUUGUUACUGCUACUUCUACUGCUACUGCUACUACUACUACUACUACUACUGUUGCUGCUGCUACUACUACUGCCACGAGUGCUACUACUACUACUGCUGCUGCUGCUGCUGUUACAGCUAGCCCAUCUCCUUCUAGUACAUCUUCUUCAUCAUUAUUAUUUCCUUCGAAAACCUAUACAAAUACAACUCCAUUAACAACUUCGCCUAUAGGUAUGCUUUCUGAUUGUUCAUCGUCUACAAUUAUGUCUAGAAGACGAAAUACAAUUUCCGAAAGACCUUAUCAUCAAAGAGCACCUACAUAUCCUAUUGUAGCUUCUCAGUCACUUUUACAACCUUCUAGUACUGAUCUCAGUUCCUUUGCAUUAAAUGCUCAACAUCAACCAUUACAUAAUAUUCAUGCUACUCCACUUCAAAUUCGUCAACCCACAGCAACAAACUUGAAGGCAAAUACAAUCUCAUCACUUGAAAGAAAUCAUCUUCGAAGUUCAACUCAAUCUUGUCAAGACCUGAGAUCUUUGUAUAGAUUGCAUAAUAAUAAAACAAUGGUUAUAUCACCAAACCAGCAGCAUAAACCUUCUCCAUCUGUAUCCAGUGCAAUGAGCGCAACCCUAACCGGAACAUAUCGAAAUAAUAAUAAUAAUAAUGGAAAUCGAAAUGCAUCGCCUAAUUUACCUUAUAGUAAGCCAAACUAUAGCAACGAUAUGAAUGAUGCGCUUAUUCCCAUUGCUCCUCCAUACCCUUCACAAUCUGCUGGAUAUGUACGACAAACAGGGAAGAUACGACGUGUUCGAAAAAGUGUUUCUAUACAUGGAUUAUCCAAUACAUAUCAGCGUCAACAACAAAGAUUAAUGCAGCCACAUCUAUUAAAUCAAUUUACAUGUACUCAGCAGCAGCAACAACAACAACAACAACAACAACAGUCAGAAGAUCAAUUAUUUCUUCAUCGUCCUUAUCAACCAAGUUAUGAUGACGAUAACAUGAAAUUAAUAGCUGAUAAUUCAAUAGAAACAGGAAUGAUGAUUAAUGACUUUUCAAUGAAUGUUGAUUUCAAUCAUUUUUUAAAUUCGUAUCCUUUACCUUUAACUGAUAAUAAUAGAACUGAAAGUCAACAAACUUUAUAGUAUGUAUAUAUGUUAUAUGUGUGUACUUAUUAUAUGAUUUUUAUAUUUUUAAUGUAUAAUAACACUACUGAUAAUAAUUAUAAUAUUAAUAAAAAAAA